ACUGCAACACAUCUCCUCUCUAUCUAAUUUACUUCAUGUUAUGUUGUGAGUUCAUAAUAUCACAAUCACUACACACAAAAUCACAUAUUUUUUAGUGUCCUCUUCAUAUACAAAAAUCCAUAGAUUACCUUUCUUCAAUCUUAAUCCACCAACUGUGGCAACCCCAACCAGUACUUCUCUUAACAUAACAUGGCCACCACCGCCGCCACAGCCACCACCGCCAACAGCCACCGCCACCUUAUUCCCAUAUGAUCACACCAACAUGAUAGGACUCCACAACAUUUUUCUCAUAGCUCAACCAAAUUCUUCAUCUUCACCAUUUCACCAACACCAAAUAACCAAUGUCACUGACCAGUUUAACAAUCAAGAUUCUUGGGCCUCUUUAAAAAGGUACCAAGAAUCAAGUUUUGCCAAAAAGGAUUCAUUAAAUGUUCUUGAUCAUGAUCAGAAUCAGAAUUCUAAUUAUGAAAAUAAUGAUAAAAGAUCUUCUAAAGUUUGUGGGGAUUGUGGGAAUAGAGCUAAAAAAGAAUGUGAAUUUAGAAGGUGUAGAACUUGUUGUAAAACUAGAGGGUAUAAUUGCACCACUCAUGUGAAGAGUACUUGGUUUCCUGCUGCCAGGAGAAGAGAGAAGCAUGGUGGUGGUGUUGCUGGUGGUUCUGCUGGUGGCUCUGCUUCUUCUUCCGGCGGCGGCGGCGGCGGUGGUGGUACUAAAAGGCCAAGAGAGAAUGUGACUGCUACAUCUAAUAGUUUUAGCACUUCUAAUAAUAAUAAUGCUGCUGCUUCUUUCAGCUUUGACACUGGCUCUAAUUAUCAAGAUGCAAGCUUCAAACAAUCUUUACCGAGUCAAAUUCGAGCACCAGCAGUUUUCAGGUGCAUUAGAGUAACGGCCAUUCAGGGUGAGGAAGCUGAGGUUGGAUACCAGGCUAUGGUGAACAUAAGUGGCCAUCUUUUCAAAGGGUUACUUUAUGAUCAAGGCACUGAUGAAAAAAAUUUGUUUCCAUGUAUUUCAAAAAUGGCCUCUACUGAAAUAAAUAAAGACUCUGCCUCACCAAUUGUUCAUCCAUCAGCUGUAUAUCCUGCUUCUACCACUCAUAGAUUGCUUCAAGAUUCUUCUGCUGUACUAACCAAUUUCCCAAUUCUUUUCUCAUAAGAUUUGCAAUAAGCAGGUAAUCGAUGAAAACGUUUCGUUUAAGGCCUUGGCAUGACUGGCUACGGGUUGGACAUUGUUAAUAAUUCAGUACCAAAUUCCUUUGUAGCAAGAGCAACAAUUUUCAUUUUAGUUUUGUAAAUUCAACUAAAUUAAAGAAAAAAUGUAAGAUGUUUUCCUGCA